AAACCAACGCUCCCACUCGAAAAGGAGAAACGUUUUUUUAUUGAAACUCGAACAAUCUAUCGGUCGGGAAACGGAGAGUGGGCGACGUGGAAAUAGCUUACGAAGAUGUCGACAGUAGCUGUCCGGGAUCAAAAAGAAUUCGACGAUGCAGCGAAGGUUCUGUCCUGGAACCGAUGGCUUCUGACGUUCCUUGGUGUUUGGCCGAAGAAUCCGAGUCGGAUUUGUUUCGGAAUAGAAUUUGCCUACGUUUGUUAUCUCAUGUCGAUGGAAUAUUUGGAUUUGUGGCUUGUCAUCAACGAUCUGGGAGGGGUGAUUGAAAAUCUCACGGAAAAUAUGGCCCUCUCACAGAUAUUCAUUCGCAUAGCGAUGUUGAAACGUUACAACAAGUCCCUUGGAAAAGUGAUCGACGAGGUUCUCAGAGAUUACGAUUCUCGUAAAUACAAAACGACCGAAGAGAGCGAUGCUUUCAUCGGGUACAAUAAAAAAUCGAAACUGUUUGUCAAACUCCUCUCCGCUUUCGUCGUCCUCACUGCUUCGUCUUAUUUCGUCAAACCCCUCACAGCCAAACCUCCCGAAGAUUUGGCCACUGUGCUUUCCGACAAUGCGAGCGUCGCGUACGAACUACCUUACAGAUUUCACAUUUUCUACAAAAUUGAAGACGAUCAAACUUACUUGUACACUUAUUUGUCACAAUUGCCAUUCCUCUUGAUUAGUGGCUGUGGCCAAAGUGCUGCCGACUGUCUCAUGGUCACGCUCGUUUUCCACGUUUGUGGCCAAAUGGCCAGUUUGGCAGAGCGCAUAUCAAAAAUAAGAAGUGACUCCGAUUUUUGUGAUGAGCAACUUCGAGACAUUGUCAAGGACCACAAUCGACUAUUGAGAAUGGGGACUACCGUUCAGCAGGCUUUUAGUGAAACUCUGCUGGGACAUUUGAUCGGGGCAACUUCCCUCGUUUGUAUCGUCGGUUACCAGUGCUUGUCGAACUUCGCAAAAGGGCAGAACGCUGAAUUGGGAACAUUCGUAUUAUUCGUGUCUCUAGUUCUGCUUGUCCUCUAUUCUCACUGUACCGUCGGAGAGAGUUUAAUUACAGAGAGCUUGAACGUUCACACCGCAUUUUACAACUGCGAUUGGUACAACAUGCCGACGAAGAACGCACGCGUUAUAAUAAUUUGUAUGGCAAGAUCGCAAAAACCGCUUUGUUUGACUGCUGGAAAAUUCGGGAUAUUUUGUCUCAAAACUUUGACGGAGGCCUUAAAGACUGCCAUGGGAUAUUUAUCAGUGUUACGAACUUUAUUGUAAUUUGAUUUAUGAGAAAAACGUUGCUCUCUAAAUCCCCGGGUCCAUCGCUGGUCCCAAGGAACAAAAUCCACGAUAAAAAAGAUCGUUUCCACUGCGUGAGAAUUCGAAUACCG